AUGAGUGCUUACAAGUUCAAGAAGGUUGGCAAUGUGAGCUCUGGUGGUGGCCGCAGAGGCGUGCUGAUGCAGAGCAAGAACAAGGGCUUCUUCUUGGUGGCGCAGCCCGUUCUCGAUCCAGUCUUGCAUCUCAAGGUCAAGGCCGUUUCAAACAAUGGCAAGAAGAUGGUGAAGGCUUUCCUCUCCAGAGUUGGCAAGAGUGCGUGUCGCAUAGUGGCUGAAGCCACUUUCAGCCCAGGGCAUUCCGUUGCCAGUGCUGUGAAGGAUUUGCGCUCCCAGAUCACCAAGCGCUACACCAACGAACCCGGGAUUGAAUAUUUUAUGUGUCUUCUCAUGUGUACUCAUUGA